AUGAUGGACCGUUACCCAAAAGCUGCUGGCUAUGCAACAGAAAUCUCAUCGCGCUCCUCGAGAUCUUUGUACAACUGGUCGAUCAAACCGCCGGAAUCCUCGUUCAAUUUCUGUAAAGCAUUGUCCCGCUCGGCCUCUGCCUCUUCGACGCGCUUUCUGGCCUCGCGUGCCUCCAGCAUGGCUUUCCGUGCAAUUUCGUCCGUUCUGUAUGAGGAAAUCAAUCUGUUGAUUGAUAUGUUCAUGUCAGUGUCGUCUUCUCCCGAAGCCAUUGUGAUAUUCGAAACAAAAGUGUCCAUCAACUUGAGGUUUCUGUUCACUUGA